AAGCAAUCCCAGUACUAAACUAAUCAAUAUUAAUAGCGAUGGGCUGGGGCGGGGGAGGAGAGGAGGGAUUACCCUGACCUUUUUCAACUCACACUGCCUCAGACAGCCACCAAGCAGCUGAGGAGGGAGCAGCCAGACGGACCCAUCAUGUCCGACAAACCAGAUUUUGCAGAAAUUGAAACAUUUGACAAAACCAAGCUGAAGAAGACAGAAACCAGAGAGAAAAAUCCAUUGCCCACUAAAGAAACUAUCGAACAGGAAAAGCAAAGUGAAAGUACAGCCUGAUAGUAAAAUUGAAGAUGUGGCUGCUGCUUCUUCAGUGGGGUUUUGGAUUCCAAAUUUGGUUGUUUUGUUCUGUCCCCCCCCAUCCCAUGUUUGUGUCCCAUUUAUUUUAGCGAACAUUUGCUCCUUAAUGUUCCCCAGGGAAGAAGUUUGGUUUGUGUUUAUUGAACAAGAUACUAUGUAUUUGUAUUCUUAAAACUGUAAUUCCAAGUUCUGUAUCAACCCCAUUACUUGCCAAAAUAAGCAAUUUGCAGAAUAAUUGUUUUUCUAAACCUCACAAUAAACAGGUCUCUUCUGA